CUUCCGGGUUGAGGCAGUGAAGGGAGGGAUGAGCAGUGAUGCUGGAUGCUUGUGUGUUCCCUCCGUACAUCAGCAGCCGAACUCUCCCCUCCUCCCCGCUCUCACACACUAGGACUCGGCCAGCUAGAGGCAGCCGCGAGGGACGGAGCUCAGCCAGCCGCGCACUCCUUUCCCCCUUCUCCGUCGCAUCUACGGUCCACCUACUAACCCCGAUGGAUGUCCCAACCCAUAGCUACUUGAGACGUCGGACCACGGCCGAGUAGACGUUCUUGUCGGCCUUACGUCACGCUCCGUUUUCCAUGCCGUAAACGGGUGGUGUUGGACGGCAGAGAGACGGAGAGGAGACUCGCUCCCCCUUGUUAGCAGGGGAAGCUAACCUUGCUAGCUAACUUUAGCCGCAACACUUGGUACCCUGCAGGACUUUCGUGGCUAGCCUGAGGUGGACUCGGUGCGGCCCCGUCGCUCUUUUAAAUUAAGGGGCAUGUUUGAGUGACAAGCAAAGGAGGAAGUGGGAUCUCUGACGCUCUGCCCUCUCUGCUGGUGGAGCCCCCCUUCAAUAUCUGACCAGAGACCCUCCUUGUCACCUGGAUAGGUGACACUUCCAGGAUGCGGAGAUUUGCCUACUGCAAGGUGGUUUUGGCCACCUCUCUGGUGUGGGUGAUGCUGGACAUGUUUAUCCUGCUCUACUUCAGCGAGUGCAACAAGUGCGAUGACAAGAAGGAGCGAGGACUGCCUGGUAGAGAUGAUACCAUCGCGAGGCCACGGGAUGGCCCCGGUGAAGGGGGGAAGCCUGUGGUGAUCCCAAAGGAGAACCAGGAAAAGAUGAAGGAGAUGUUUAAAAUUAACCAGUUCAACCUCAUGGCCUCGGAGAUGAUUGCACUCAAUCGGUCGUUACCCGAUGUUCGGCUAGAAGGGUGCAAGAACAAGUUAUACCCUGACAAUCUGCCCAGAACCAGCGUGGUGAUUGUAUUUCACAACGAGGCGUGGAGCACGCUGCUGCGGACCGUCCACUCUGUCAUCGACCGCUCUCCCCACACACUGUUGGAGGAGAUUGUUCUGGUGGACGAUGCCAGUGAGCGAGAUUUCCUAAAACGGCCGUUGGAGAAAUAUGUGCGAAGGCUGGAGGUUCCUGUCAGGGUAGUGAGGAUGGAUCAGAGGUCUGGACUCAUUCGAGCUCGCCUCAAGGGGGCUUCCAUCUCUACAGGCCAGGUCAUUACCUUUUUGGAUGCUCAUUGCGAAUGCACGACAGGCUGGCUGGAGCCACUGCUUGCUCGCAUCAAGCACGACAAGCGAACAGUUGUGUGUCCCAUCAUCGAUGUGAUCAGCGACGAUACCUUCGAGUACAUGGCGGGAUCAGACAUGACGUACGGAGGUUUCAACUGGAAGCUUAACUUCAGAUGGUACCCAGUGCCACAGAGAGAAAUGGACCGCCGCAAGGGAGACCGGACACUUCCUGUCAGGACUCCCACCAUGGCGGGUGGCUUGUUCUCCAUCGACAGAGAUUAUUUCCAGGAAAUUGGCACGUAUGACGCAGGCAUGGACAUCUGGGGUGGAGAGAACCUUGAAAUCUCUUUCAGAAUAUGGCAGUGCGGCGGAACCCUAGAGAUCGUCACGUGCUCCCACGUGGGUCACGUGUUCAGAAAGGCCACGCCCUACACGUUUCCCGGAGGAACGGGACAGAUCAUCAACAAAAACAACCGACGACUGGCAGAGGUCUGGAUGGACGAGUUCAAGAACUUCUUCUACAUCAUCUCCCCUGGUGUGACCAAAGUGGACUACGGUGACAUCACGUCUCGCUCUGCUCUCAGACAGAAGCUUCAAUGCAAACCUUUCAGUUGGUACUUGGAAAACGUCUAUCCCGACUCCCAGAUUCCUCGCCACUAUUACUCUCUUGGAGAGAUCCGAAACGUGGAGACCAAUCAGUGCUUGGACAACAUGGCCCGCAAAGAGAACGAGAAGGUGGGCAUCUUCAACUGCCACGGCAUGGGGGGCAACCAGGUGUUCUCCUACACGGCCAACAAGGAGAUCAGGACGGACGACCUGUGUCUGGACGUGUCCAAACUCAACGGGCCCGUCAUGAUGCUCAAGUGUCAUCACCUCAAAGGCAACCAGCUGUGGGAGUACGACGCCGUGAAGCUGAGUCUGGUGCACGUCAACAGCAAUCAGUGUUUGGACAAAGCCAGCGAGGAGGACAGUCAGGUGCCCAGCGUCAGAGACUGCACGCACACACGCUCGCAGCAGUGGCUGCUCAGGAACGUCACGCUACCUGAGGUCUUCUAAACACACAGGAUGAUGACCCCCCUCCCCCCCACCCCCACCUGACCCACGGACACACACAUGCUCUCACACACACAUGCAGCGACUGGGAGCCAAAAUGGCGCGGGGGCCGUCCCGUGAGGUGAGGACGGGGAGGAUGCCUGCCUUCUGUCACGGGGAGAAGGAGCGUUGGUUGGAGAGGAAAAGACUCCCACUCGGAGCCACUAGAUCUUUCUCUUUUCUUGUUGGACAUUCAGCGAGUGAUUUAAUGUGAAAACGUCUUCAUCAUCUUGUAACGUUUACUGACCGCCUCUUCUCAGAAUGUGUGCACUUCAUUUGUGUGUGACAUGAAUGUUUGCUUUUUUUUAUUUAAUUUCGUUGCGAAAAUGAACUCUUACCUCUCCUUGCUAAAGUGUAUGUCUCCCUCCGGUGUCCACUCCGUGUCAUUGCACCCGACAGACUGAUUAUUCUAAACGGCCGAAAAGAAGCAGUUUAUCAUAAAAAAAAAACAGACACGCCAACAAAACGAGGACCAUUUAUUGAUAUCACUGCCUAGUCACGAGACUCCACCGGAUCAGAUGCUCUUCCGGUCAAGUAACACUCCUGGGUGGAGUGUGCGCGCGCAAUCCAGCUUCUUCCAUACUGUUGAGUCACGUGAGUUUUUCAACUUACUAGUUUUUGGUUCAUUUUUUUAAACAAAGCUGCUUUUGAACGCACCACGGAGGGCGUCAGCGAGGCAUUCAGGGACUGAAUGAAGGUAAAGAAGACAUGUUUGCAUCUUUUAGGACAUAUCUGACCUUGUCAGCUGACGUCAUAUUUCACUCCGCGCAUAUCUCAUAAGGCGCUAAACAUCCAUCAUAUUUAGUUUUUGUUUGUUUUUUACGUAUCAUGACGUGAUGUGUUUACAUCAUCUUGGCAGAGUUUGCAAGUUGUGCUGUUUGGAUCGUGUUGGCGUGUCUACUCUGACAAUUAACAUCAAACGUAGAAAAUAAAAGUGAAGGCAUUUACACAACCUGACAAGGAAAA